GAUGCAUGUUUUAGUGAGUUUCUCACAUCAGCCUGUAGAGUAAAAAGUUUUAAGUAGUUAGCUUCUAGUACAUACUUUAAUGGGAUAGCCAGGUAUUUUGUUUCUAAUAUUACUUUUGGCACUUCCAUUCACACAAAAGUGUUUUUUCAGUAAACAAUUGGUUAGAGUAAAAUGAGGAGAAGUUUGAAAGCCCUACACGAUGAAGACUCUGAGUGAAGUAACUUUCUGCAGGCUGGGCUUUGGUGUAAGGAGGGUGGUCAGUCUAGAUGUGCAUGUAAUGUAGCCUUUAUUUAAACUGGGAACCCCUCUGGUGAAGUGUAAAGAUACUCUUCCCAGAAGGGAUCGGGAGGACUUGGGAGCCAUAAUGAGCUUUUAGUUAAACUGUGUGUCUUUGGUUUACAAGGCUCUCCUGACCAAAGGGCAUUUCUUGAACAGCUCUGGGCACUGUGCUCUUGGGUCCUGGAAAUGUAUACAUGCUAAAGACUGGACACUGUGGCCUGUUCAGCUGCAAGCCUGUGUUUAAGUUGUGAUUAGAAAGCUGUCCACUCGAGACCUAGGGACUCAUCAGGUGGCUUGUUGACUUCCACUUCAGAAGGUGGGUUUUCCCAGUGCUCACAGUGAAGAUGUGGUUAGAAGGUUUUGGACUUAGGCAGGUGUGGGUCUGGUUCCAGCCCCAUUGCACAUGGCUGAUUGCUGGGGACAGCACCCUGACCUUUGUGAGCCUGUUCUCUCUUCUGUGAGUGGGAGCAGUAACAGUAGCCUCAAGGCUUGCUGUGGAAUGAAGAUUGUCCUUGUGUCUGGUGCUUAAUAGGGCUUCAUUUUGCAGAUGGGAAACGGGCUGGCUAAGUGGCCAAGGGGGUCUGCUGAGGACCUUUUCUGCUCAACAUAAGUGGAACUUAAGCCUGACAGUGGAGUCUGUUUCUCCUCUUCACUGUCAUGAUAGUUGCAGAGGGAGUUUGGGCAGUUUGUCAUCCACAGAUUUGGGUGGGGGAUGAGCCCUGCCUUCCCUAUCUUAGGGCCCACAAGUGCCUUGUCUUUAAAGUGGGAGGGUCCCAGUUAUUUAGCAGUGUCUCUUGAAGAGUGGUGGACCUCUGAGUCCAUGCUCAGGAACCAGUUGUAAGGCUGGGCUCUAGGCCUGCUCAGGAGCAGAGUUGUGGCAUGACCUUGGACUUCUUUGUGAAAUGUGGAUAAUGAUGUCCCUUCUCUUAGCCAUGUGGGAAUUAAGUGGGACAAUGUGAGGACCUGGGAUUUGGCACCUGGGUUCUCAACAGGUGAAUUCUGCCUGGGAUCACAACAGCAUGUCGAAAGAGUCAUAAGCAGAUAGGAUUACUUCCAGUUUUCAGAUAAGAAACUGGGAUAGAUAGAUGGGCUGCCUGCGAGUCCUGGAUGACAUCUUUGAGUUGAUGGAGGAUAAACCCAGGACAGGCCAUAGAGAAGACAGGGUGCUUGCGGGAGGCUGGGGAUCCUAGAGGAAGAAGUAUCUGGAGGGUACUUCCUGUGGACUCACCGGGAGACUCCAAGCUCAACAGUUACAGAAUGUCUGAAGGGGACAGUGUUGGAGAUUCAGUCCAUGGGAAGCCAUCAGUGGUGUACAGAUUUUUCACACGACUCGGACAGAUUUAUCAGUCCUGGCUGGACAAGUCCACACCUUACACGGCUGUGCGGUGGGUGGUGACACUGGGCUUGAGCUUUGUCUACAUGAUUAGAGUUUACCUGCUACAGGGUUGGUACAUCGUGACCUACGCCCUGGGAAUCUACCAUCUAAAUCUUUUCAUAGCGUUCCUUUCUCCCAAAGUGGACCCUUCCUUAAUGGAAGACUCAGAUGAUGGCCCUUCCUUACCAACCAAACAGAAUGAGGAAUUUCGCCCCUUCAUUCGAAGGCUUCCAGAGUUUAAAUUUUGGCAUGCGGCCACGAAGGGCAUCCUGGUGGCAAUGGUCUGCACCUUCUUCGAGGCUUUCAAUGUCCCGGUGUUCUGGCCGAUCCUGGUGAUGUACUUCAUCAUGCUUUUCUGUAUCACAAUGAAGAGGCAAAUAAAGCACAUGAUUAAAUACCGGUACAUACCAUUCACACAUGGAAAGAGGAGAUACAAAGGGAAGGAGGACGUGGGCAAGACGUUUGCUAGUUAGAAGCUGGACUGAAUCUGGCACACGUGUUCAAGACGGUUUUGAGCCAUUGUAACAAUGCCUUUUUCUUCACAUAAAGUAGUUGAUUACAAGGGAUUUGAAUUUUCUUUUUAAAAAGGAGCCUCAAUGAUUUGUAACUGAAAUACAGGUUCUUGAAGAAACUGGCAUUUAAACCAGAUUGCAUUGAUUUCUAUUUCAGUGGUGUCCACAUGUUUCAAAGGACGGCAUUGUAUUAACCGCAGGCUCAAGAGGCCAGGCGGGCAGCAGCCGCAGGAGCAAGGGGUGGGAGGGAGGACAAGAGCGAGGCUACAAGAGGAGCUGGCUGCUCUGCGUGGGGCUGUUUCCCAGCCACGGUGAGGCCGGAGGGACCAUGCCAACCCGAUUCCUGCGUGCCAGAGAACGUAAUGCUGCACAGGUGAUUGAUUUCAAGUAACUCUGGGGUUCUCAUGCCAGUUUCCAAACCUCACCUCACUGGAGGUGUUUUCAAGCUGGCCUCUAUCUCGAUGACUCAAAACUUUGUUCUUAACUACCAUGAUUGCUUCUGAGGGCCUGGAAUUAUAAACAUAUUAUAUUUUAAUUGUUUGAGAUUAUUUUGACACAUUUCUUUGAUACGUAUGAAGAGUUUGUUUUGCUUUUGACUAAUAAAUGUUUUCAGCCCCUGUAA